AUGGCCACCCCUAUUAUCAUGUUCAGUAAACAGAAUAAAGAAAUCUGUUUCACAGAAGAUCUGGUGUCCAGUAGAGUCAUUGUAGAUAAUAACACAUCACAGUUUGUACUCAAUGAAACAGCAGAAGUUCAGGUUUUUCUCAAGCCAGUAGGAGAAAUAUAUGAUAAUGACACUGUUGGAUUUGUUCUGUACCAGAAUGAUAACUUAUUCCCAUCUAAACAUGAAAAAAAAUUGGGGUUUCGAAAGAAGAUCAUUUCAGCCAGUAUUUCUAGAGCACGUGCAAAUGUUGAAUUCAGCUUCAAUCAUCAGUUUGAUCCAUCAUAUACUCUGGUUCAAUAUGCUUGCGUUUUCUGGGACUAUGAAUGGAACGAAUGGAAUACAACCGGCUGCCAGAAGAAAAUUUCAAACCAGAUGUCACCAAAUGAGACCUCUUCAAAUUCCAUCAUAUCAUUACAGUGUACCUGUCAUCAUACAACUAACUUUGCUGUUUUAAUGAAAUUUAAAGAAAACAUACAUUUUGCUUCCUUGAACAUUGUGUCUGUGAUUGGUUGUGCGCUUUCUGUGACUGGACUAAGCAUAACUGUUAUAUUUUUAUUCUAUGCCAGGAAGAAAAAGUCAAUUUCAUGGAUUCUGAUAAGUUUCUGCUCAUCUCUGCUGAUCUUCUACAUCAUCUUUAUUGUUGCAAUGGAGACAUCAGAAUACACAGUUGUCUCUGCAAAUCCAAACCAGGAUUCUUCAGAAAACAGCUUUUUUUGGAGUGACCUAGAGAAGGUGUAUGAUGGAAUGUGUACGGGGCUGGCUGCUCUGCAGCACUACUUCCUACUGACAACAUUUGUACUGACGGCACUAUUGGGAGUGGAAUUUUAUUUCCGCAUUAUUGCUGCCUCUCAUUAUUUGCCUGAGCAUUUUAUAACAAGUGCACUCGUAAUUGGAUGGGGACUCCCUGCAAUAAUUGUCGCAAUAACAAUUGCAGCAACGUACCCAGGACAAAACAACUAUAACCGAAAGGAAUUCUGCUGGCUUCUUGCUGAAAAUAAAGAAAAGCAGUUUGAUAUUUCGAAGCCAAUGUUAUGGUCUUUUCUCCUGCCUGUUGGCCUCAUCCUUAUAGCGAAUAUAUGCAUUGUGAUAGGAGUUGUGUUAACAAUUUGGAAAAACAAGCCAGAACUAACAAGAACAAAAAGAAUUUCCUUUUUAAAGAAGAUAUUGGCCACAUUCUCUGUCGUGUCUCUACUGGGAAUCACCUGGGUAGCUGGCUAUUUGAUGCUCAUAGAGACUGAUGACAAUACUUAUUUAAUUUUCAGCUUCAUAUUUUGCCUAUGCUGUUCAACUCAGGGUGUUCAAAUCUUUAUAUUUUACACUCUGAGAUCUCCCAUAUUCGUGAAGCUAGUGCUUAUUGUUAUUCGCAAGUUUAAGUUAUGCAAGAUAUACAUGCAUUCUCAGAAGUAUUGGGUCACCACCAAGAUUCGAGGACGGACAACUAGAGGAUAUAAUGAAAGAUUUAGAAACCUGUCAGACUCGCAUGCUGAUUUAUGUUCUGAUGACACUGAGAGCAAAGAAUAA